AUGGUCAACCAGUCCGCUGAUCCAGCAACGUCUCAUAAGGCCCCGGAUCUCAUCUUGCACCACCACCCGUUCGCCGAAACAUUCACCGCGGGGCUGCCUUCCUGUUCCAAGAUAUCCUUUGACGGUAGCCAUGUUGGAAUCUUCGCUCAAGGUGACAAGCCAGCUUGUCCCUCUGCAGAUGAGAAUGAUGACAAGCCAGCUCCAAAGAAAAAGCCAUCCCUCGACCCACCAACGUUUAUAUGCCCCGCUUGUGACCAACUCGUUUAUCACGAAGAUUAUGCCGAGCAUCUCGAAACCGCGGAGCACGUGAAGAAGGCGUUGGUUCAUAACCCCGGCAUCGAGGAUUAUCGUUUUUGUGCACCGGAAUUUGCUGAUGUGUUGCCCGAAGAACAGAUGCCACGUUUCUUUCACCAAGCUCCAGAACCAGCGCACUACCAGCGUCCAGAAAUUCACCCGGCGAAAUUUCGGCAAACCGAAGUACUUGGGCCACAGCUAUACAAAGCGGAAUCGAGACAUUAUUUGGAAAAUAUAAAGAAGAUCCCUGAUCCAUCUCUUCAAGCCGGCUACCUCGCACUUUCUCAUCGCAAGUUGUCAAGGAGAAUGCGCCCGAAGUUAAAGAGAUGUAACGACUUC